AUGGACACACCGGGGGAAACAGACAAAGAUAUUACGCGGAUGAGAUAUCUACGGGAACACAUCGCUGCUGUUUCGCAAGCAAUUCAAGACGGUUGUAAUGUUAUGGGAUACACCGUCUGGAGCCUGAUAGACAAUUUCGAAUGGUCUGACGGUUACACCAAUCUGUUUGGAAUACAUAAG